CGUGUGGCACCAGGCGGAAGUAAACAAAGGAAAGGUGCUAUUAGCGUUAGCUGUGAAGGUAUGCGAGUAAGCAGGAAGUGGGUUGUGUUGCGGUGUGUGAGCUGAAUAUCUGAGCUAUUGUAGCAAUGCCUUCGGUUCAGUAUCUGAGAGAGUUUAUCAACGAGCGACUAACUGCUGUUGCUGAAGAAAUAUUUUCAGAGUUUGAAAAAACGAUCGUCCAGUACGAGGAAGAGAUCGACCGACAGCGCAGACUGCUGGAUAUCACCUGGAAACCCGAAAUAAAGCUGCGCAGGACAGAUGUCCCACAGCAACAUGUGUGUAAGGAGGAGAAUCUCAGAAAGCCUCCACAGAUUAAAGAGGAAGAGGAGGAACUCUGCAGCAGUCAGGAGGAAGAGGAGCUUGUACUAAAGGAGGAGACUGAUACUUUUAUAGUGACUACUACUGAAGGAAGUGAGCACAGUGAACCAGAACUAAACACUGACCAGCUCCCCCCUCACAGCUCUGAUACAUUUAUGUUUAUUCAGUCCAAAUCCAAAGAAAUAUUUGAAGUUAUUAAUAAUUCUAUCCAAUAUGAAGAGGAGAUCGACCAUCAGCACAGACUCAUGUAUAUCACUGGGAAACCCAAAAUACAGCUCCACAUCACAGACAUCCCAGAGCAACACGGCUGUAAGGAGCAACAGCUCUAUAACCAGGAGGGGAGCUCUGGUCUGGACCAGGAAGGACCAGACCGUCCACAGAUUAAAGAGGAAGAGGAGGAACUCUGCACCGGUCAUGAGGGAGAGCAGCUUGUACUGAAGGAGAAGACUGAUACGUUUAUGGUGACUGCUUCUUGUAAGGAAAGUGACCUCAGUGAACCAGAACCAAACAGGGAGCAGCUCCUCUUUCACAGCUCUGUUGUAGCUGAGAGUCAAGAUCAUGAAGGAAGCAAGAAUGUAGAUUCAGGAUCAAAUGGUAACUCAGAGAGUCAGUGUAAAUCAGAGACAAGUGAAAAGUCUUUAACAUGCAAUUUUUGUGGAAAAGCUUUUAAGAAUAAGUACAACAUGAAUCAACAUCACAGAAUCCACACAGGUGAGAAGCCAUUUUCUUGUGAAACGUGUGGGAAAAGUUUUUAUGUCUCAUCAUCACUUAAAAGUCAUAAGGCCACCCAUACUGGUGAGAAACCAUAUUCUUGCAAAACAUGUGGAAAAGGUUUUACACAGAGAGGUAGUUUGACUAUACACAUGAGAACACAUACAGGUGAGAGGCCGUAUCAUUGUAAAACAUGCAGGAAAAUAUUCACAUGUAGUAGUCAUUUGUCAGUGCACGUCAGAACUCACACAGGUGAGAAACCCUACUGUUGUAAAACAUGUGGUAAAAUGUUCACAUACAGAAGUCAGUUGUUUGGGCACAUAAGAACUCAUACAGGUGAGAAACCCUAUCAUUGUGAGAUGUGUGGGAAAAUGUUCACAUAUAACAGCCAUUUGUGCCGUCACAUGAAAACUCACACGGGUGAGAAGUUGUAGUCUUGAACUGUUCUAGAGAGAACAACAUCCAUUCAUGUGUUCAGGCUAUCAAAUUCUUCAGUGAAAAUAUGAUGACUCUUAAGAAGUGUGUUUUAGUUUUGGUUCUAUUUAUUUAUUUAUUGGGGUGGGGCUUGUUGAAAUACAUGGAGUUAAAUAUUAAGUUUUGUAUUUGCUGAGCAUAAGUGAAUAACGGACAGCUACUGUUGAACUGGAAUUAGUGUCUAGUGAUAUUAAACAAUUUAUAGAAGCUAUUUGUUUUUUAAUUCAAAGAAAAUGUUGAAGUUUUGUUGACAUGUUUAUUUGUUUAGGCUUUUUUACAUUGGUAGUUACCAAGUUUGUACAGACUCUGUAAAAUCCUUGUUUAAAAAGGACAACGGCCAGAUGAAGGAAAUAACAGAAACAGUAGUUUUAGGAUAACAGAGAAGCUUCACCAGAACUACACCAGUAAGAGUGGUGGAAAGUUAAAUUUAAUGGCGAUUUUGAAGAGCUAAAGACAAUAAAUGUCUACUAAUCAAUAAUAAUUGCUUUGACAGUUAUAAAGUGGAAAGCUUUGAGGUGAUGAUUUUUAUCCUUCAGGUUCCCUCACCCGGUCACACUUCACAAGAUCAAAGGGUGUUAUGAGAAGUGUGGGAUAAAAUGGUUAGAGGAAAUUAAUUCUUAAUUGAUUUUUGUCUGGUUGCAUUUAUAAUUUUUGAAUAGGUUUUAUCGUUGUCAGUUUCUGCAUACAUUAAAUAAA